UUAAGUUUUGUCGUGAGUUCUCUGCGCCGAAUUUAAGUGAAAUUUGACGGUAAAUUUCAUCAAAAAAUUCCGCAAAAAUAUGCUAAAAAUCAGAUAAAAGUGCAGGCAAUCCGAUACGAGUCGAAAAAGUGCGGGGAACGUGUUAGUUAUCGCGAGAAAUGCAUUCAAAUUUUGGUGUGGCACAAAAUGACAGAAGUAGCGAAGAUUCAUGAAGACGAAGAAGAAGAAAUUCUCUAAAGCAACUGGAUUCGUCAUGCAUCGUCAUUAUUACAAAACAAAUUAUGUUAGAAAGAAGAUAAAAAGACUGUGUAGUAAAUAACUCAUAAAAAAAGAAUAUAAAAUGAUAAGAUUAUAAUUAUAUUACUCACAUACUACACAUUCGCAAAACUAAAAUCUAAGUAGAUAGUUUAAUUAAAUAUAAAAGUGCUUCUCAGUGCCUUAAAUAAAAAAAAAAUAGGAAAAAGUGUACUUACGAAAACUCUCUGAUAGAAAAGUGUGCCAAAAAAAUGCAUGAUUUAUUCACAAAAGUCCUUUCACAUCGUGACCUUUCUCGCGCCGGCGAUCUGUUUACCGUUGCGGAUGCAGAAAUUGUAACUGACCUGCAUGAAGUACUUAAGGAAAUCAACAAAAUUAUUUCGCAACCAUCAUAUCUCCAAAACACGAAUGAACAAUCGGUUAUCGAAAUUUGCAUCGCUCGCACGUUAGCUUGCAUCCGAGAUGCGCAUAAAGCGGAGAGCCAUGCGAAGGAACUCGUUGAACUUCUGGAAACAUGUUUAGCUGUUGACAAUUUGCAACCGUCGAAGAAAAAUGUUGAUCCGCCGCAUGCAAAAAUCGCUUCUGACAUCAUCUCGAGUAUUUUUUUGAACUACAAUUCGAAGAAACAAGUGAUGGAAGUAUCAAUUCCCGUAGCCGUUAAGUUUCUCAGCAAAGGAAAUCGAGAGUUAUCGAGAAAUUUGGCGAGUUACUUGUCGUUAGCUGUUAUUGAGCAUUCGUCGCUUUUGAGUCCGUAUGUCAAUCAGAUUUUGGAUUCGAUACUUACCGAUAAUUAUGGCAUGAGUCGUAUUUUGUUGUCGUUGUAUGAGACAAAUCCUGAACCAAUUACACGGAAAUGCUCAGAUCUCGUAGAUAUCAUCCCAAAAUGUGAAGUGCAAGAAAAACUCGCAUUGUUACAACUUUUAGCGAAUAUUGCAAAAUCAAAACCAUCUGCUCUGCAUGGAAGUUUGCCUCAACUUUGUGAUCUUUUGGGAAAUUCUUCGACUGUGCAACCAACGUUAAUUGUGCUUUUAAGACUUUCGGAGCAACGUCCCUUACUGAUUUUGGAAUACACUCCAUUGAUAAAAUCUACUGCUGUGAAUCCUCAAAAUAUAAAUUUAGUUGCGCAAAUAUUGUCGGCAAUUGGAAAAUUAGGGAAAGAACAUGCACAAGUAGCAUUGGACUUUGUGUUGGAACAUUUGCCAAAUGCUGAUCGUUCAUCGCAUGCAAUUCUUAUACAAGAAGCGAGGAAACUUUGUACACAAUAUCCCGUUUUGUUUAAUGAAAAAUUGACUGCUGUCGUGAGACAACGAAAUAUUUUGAUUCAACAACAAAAUGGCGAAACAAAUGCAGAUCACGUGAAUAAAACUUCAGGCGGCAUAACGAUUGUAAAAUUGAAUUCUCCAAUGUCACCGCAACAACAAUUAAACAAAUCGCAAACAUCAAUAGUGCAAAAUAAUAAUAACAAUAUUAACAAUAACAAUUAUGUGCCGACAACAUCGACUUCUACAAAUAAUCACAAUACAAAUAGUCAAAUUUAUGCUGUAAAUCACGUUGGAAAUGGAGUUAAUAGUUAUGCUGUUACAUCGCCAACGCCUCAUACGGGAGGAUAUACGAGACGAGCGAAAUUAGGCGAUAGUCGAAGCACAGGAAGAUUACAUUCGGGAGGAACACGAAGCAUGACAAGAUUAAAUAUCGGAUCUGUUGGCGGCUUACACAAAAGUAUGACGCGUCUCAGUUCGUCGCAACUCAACCAAAAUGGAUCAACAACGAAUACGGGAGGUCAAACGAACGGUAAUAGUCAAAGUUUUAUCACAUCUGGCGUGCCUCCGUUAUCGCAGCAAGUCGUAAUUACGGGAGAAAACAAAUACGGAAUCCCAAUUCUCAAAUCUGGAUGUGUAACAGUUACAACAACAACACGCCCAUAUUCGCAAGGCCCAAUGGGAUCAAGUCACGGAUUCAUUGGAAAAGGAUUUAUUCGUUUGAAAGACGACGUUGACUCAUCAACAGCUCUAAAUCAAUCUUCGGGAUCUAUUGGAGGAUUGCCAUCUAAUUCGAUUUCCGUACAUCACGCAAUGCAAGAAGCAUCACCGUAUGCAAUAAAUACUCAAAAUUUACCGAUUACGGUAACAAACAACAACGAAGUUAGUGUUUCGGGUCCUUCGACAGAAGUUACGAGACGAUACGAGAAUAAAAGUGUGACUUUGCUGAAUGCUGCACAACGAGGCUCCGUUUUUGAUCCAUGGCCCAUGCGAGAUGUCAUUCAACAUUUUUGCGAAAAGCAUCUAGACAAGAUACGAGCUUACACGAAAUCCGUUUCGAAAUCUUUGCCGCCUCCCGCUAAAUGCACUAUCGAAGAGAAACGAAGUAAGAAAACGGCUCGUUUGCAAUUUGUGUGUCAAAUAAGAGGACCUCAUUGUUUGUAUUCAAAGACAUUUUUCGCAAUGAAGACAAAAAAUCCAAAAACUUGGAUACAUUUGAUGUUUUUGGAUUUACAAGCAAGAGCUCCGCAUGCUCUCGUUUCGCACGAUUCUUCCGUUUCUGCGUUACGUCAUUGUUGGGAUACGCUCAAGUGUGAAAACAAAACUUUCAUUACUCUCGUAACGAGUGCCUUUCCAAGUAGCAAAGACACUGACGCUCUCGUCAACGAACUUCAACAAUGCGGAUUUUUCGACGUGUUUGAAUUAGGUCCGAAUCAAACUGUUCCCGAAGACAGUUCAGUUGAUGAUUUUCAGUACAAAUGGGGCUGUUUUCUGUGCAAUCAUCCGGAGAAAGCGAUGGGAUUUCUCGAUGGCAAUAACGUGAUCGAAGGACAACUGAAGGAGAAAAAAGGCAAAUGGAGAUUAUUUCGACGAUGGCGAACACGUUACUUUACCUUGUCAGGAGCGCAUUUGUCGUGUAAAGGAUCUAGCGGCGGUGAAAGUAUUGAUGUAAAUCAAAUUCGUUCUGUAAAAGUUUCAAGAGGCGCGAGAAAUAUCCCAAAAGCAUUUGAGAUCUUUACAGGCGAUCAAACACUGAUUCUCAAACCAAAAGAUGGCAAAAAUGCUGAAGAAUGGGUUCAAUGUUUGAGUAUCGUUGUUGCUCAUUCACAAGCACGAGAUGUUCCUCCUGCAAAGACAAACAGUUUGCCAGCAAGAAGUUUCGGAAGUCGUUUCAUAUCUGACUAAAUGAAUCUUAAACGUACUGAUUUGAUUUUAAUCCUUAAAUUGAAGUUUUUUCAAGAAGGUUG